CCUAGAGGGAAAAGAGAGAGAGAGAGAGUUAGAGAGUUGGAGAGAGAGAGCGAGAGAUGGCUGGUUCGGUGAAGGAUUUGCAGUCGAUGGCCGAGCUUAAGGAAGCUUUGAGCAAGGGAUUUCCCCUUAUCCUUCAUUUUUGGGCUUCGUGGUGUGAGGCCUCAAAGCAAAUGGACCAAGUUUUUGCCCACCUCUCUACUGAUACGCCUCAAGCUCGAUUCUUUAGGGUUGAAGCGGAAGAAAAACCAGAGAUUUCGGAGGCUUACGCUGUUUCAUCCGUGCCCUAUUUUGUGUUCUGCAAGGAUGGAAAAGUUGUCGAUAAACUAGAAGGUGCAAACCCCUCAGCUUUGGCAAACAAAGUCGCAAAACUUGUGGGCCCCAUUGGAUUAACUGAUUCAGCCACUGCUGCUAGCCUUGGCAUGGCAGCAGGCCCCACAGUGCUCGAAGCUGUUAAAGACUUUGCCAAAGAAAAUGGAACUUCACACCUAAAAGACCCAAAUGAAUUACCUGAGCCUUUGAAGAAGCGGCUUCAACAACUUGUGGACUCACACCCAGUCUUUCUCUUCAUGAAGGGGAUCCCUGAGCAACCCAAGUGCGGGUUUAGCCAAAAAGUGGUGGGCAUAUUGAAGGAAGAGGGCGUCAAAUUUGUUAGCUUUGAUAUAUUAACAGAUAAUGAAGUUAGAGAGGGAAUGAAGAAGUUCUCCAAUUGGUCUACCUUCCCUCAGCUAUUUUGUAAGGGUGAGCUUCUUGGAGGGUGUGAUAUAGUGGUGGCUAUGCAUGAAAGUGGUGAAUUAAAGGCUGUUUUUAGGGACCAUGGGGUUCUUCCUCUCUCUGAUAAAACACAAGUGGCAAACACUACAAAUGUACCCUCGGUUACUGAAUCAAAUGAUAAAUCAUUAUCAUCUGAAACUAGCAAGAGUGGAAAUGCAAUGGGUGUAACUGAAUCAACUGGCUUAAGCUCAAUGCUAACUUCUCGGCUUGAGGCUCUGAUCAAUUUGAGCUCUGUUAUGUUGUUUAUGAAGGGGAAGCCCGACGAACCCAAAUGUGGAUUUAGUCGAAAAGUGGUCGAGAUUCUUCAGCAUGAGAAGAUAGAAUUCAAUAGCUUUGAUAUACUCUGUGACGAUGAAGUUCGACAAGGGCUCAAGGUAUACUCAAAUUGGUCGAGUUAUCCACAGUUGUAUGUGAAGGGGGAGCUCAUUGGGGGGUCAGAUAUUGUGCUGGAAAUGCAAAAGAGUGGGGAAUUAAGGAAACUUUUGGCCGAGAAAGGGAUUGUUCCAAAAGUGAGUCUUGAGGACAGGUUGAGGGCACUUACUAGUUCAUCACCCACUAUGUUGUUCAUGAAGGGAACCCCAGAUGCACCUCGAUGUGGGUUUAGCUCAAAGGUGGUAGGGGCCCUUAGAGAGGAGGGCAUGAACUUUGGUUACUUCGAUAUCUUGACAGAUGAUGAGGUGAGACAGGGUCUGAAGACCUUCUCCAAUUGGCCAACUUUUCCUCAGCUUUACCAUAAAGGAGAAUUGAUUGGAGGAUGUGAUAUUGUGAUGGAAUUGCACAAUUCUGGUGAGCUGAAAUCAUCCUUGGAGGAGUAGAAAAAUUUUCGAGGCACUUACCGAAAACAGAAAAAGCAAAAACGAAAAAAAUAGAAACAGGCAGUGUUUUCAUGCAUUUGGCUAUUUUCUUCAUUGACUUUACAAGCUCAAAAGAUGAAACUUCUCAGAGAUCCUUUUGACUAUUUGAUGUGAAUUUCCAUGAAUAUAAUUUUGUAGAGUCAUCUUUUGCCUACGACCUUGCUAUAGUUGUCCUUGUUGUUGUGACUAUUGAACUUGGUUGUUUGAUGUUUAUUUGGGUCUCAUGGCUCUAUAUACUUAAUGACUGAUACUUAGUGCUUA